AUGGAAACGAAGAUCAUCGCCAAGUUGAUUGAGAAGCACAAAGAAGAUUUCGUGGCGAUGAGUCGGGAUAUUAAAAUAAAUGUUUAUCAGUGGACGCCCACUCAGUGCAAACACAAAACAAAAAAUUUUAAUGAUAAAAACCUUUGCUCAGCCUCGCACAAAUACCUCAAACACCUCAUACCCAGCAGCAGCAGCAGCAGCAGCAGCAGCAGCAGCAGCAGCAGCAGCAACAGCAACAGCAGCAGUAGUGGUAGUAGUGCUGGUAAUGAAGAAAGCAGCAGCAGCAGCAGAAGCACCAGCAAAAGCAGCAGCAAAAGCAGCAGCGGUAAUGAAAGCAGCAGCAGCAGCAGCGGUAAUGAAAGCAGCAGCAGCAGCAGCAAUGAAAGCAGCAGCAGCAGCAAAAAGAAACGAAGGCAACGUAAAUAG